AUGGCUACUGUUCUUAGGCGUCAAGCCUUGGACCAGUUCAUCUUGCUUUUCCCAGAGGACCAGCGCACGGAAAUGAAUAGGAAAGCGACAAACUUUGAACCAUACUCGCUUUCCUAUGACCCAAACGAACUCAGCAGAGAGUUCGGAAGCCAUGCAUGGCAAUGUACCCUGACAAUCAAAAGAGACAAGAAGAAGGUCAGUGGUCCUUUUCCGAUCGAGCGCAAAGGAAGGGUUGCUAUUGUCCGCGUCAUUGCCAUGGUUGCUCCUCAGCGAGUUACAGAGGGUAAGCAAUGCCCUCUUUAA